ACCACUAUUACAUAUAUUAUUCACACACAAAACGCUACGGAAAGUAAUUAAAGAAAAAACAAUGGGUGUAAAGGCAUGGACGUGUGCUUCCUCCAUUAACUACAAUAUCUUCUUAUUACCGGCAUUCCCAAAUCCAGUCCCGCGAGCUUCUCUGAAUCCCAGGCGCCAUGAAGCUCAAAGAGAGCCACCGCUAUUAUCAUGCUUGGGCAAGAGGAAGCUCGGUCUCUCAUCCCUGUCCUUAAUUCUAAGUGGGUUUUUCCCAAACUUGCCAAUGGCCAUGUCUGCGCAAGAAUUGGAGCUUGAGAGGUACAUUGAUUCAAAGGAGGGUUUCACUCUCCUCAGGCCUUCUUCUUGGAUUAAGGUUGAAAAAGCAGGAGCAACUAUUCUGUUUGAGGAGGCUGAUAAGGGAAGUACUAACAAUGUUGGAGUUUUGGUGAACCCAAUUCGUCUUAAUGCUCUCACAGAGUUUGGUAGUCCUGAAUUUGUGGUUGAUAAACUUAUACACGCUGAAAGGCGCAAGGAAAGUACCAAAGAGGCUGAGGUAAUUGCAGUUGCACAAAGAUUAGGCCAGGGAGGUUCGCAAGUGUAUGAGUUUGAGUACAAGGUUGAUAGCACCAGGGGAGGAAUGAAGAGGGUCUUUUCAGCGGCAUUUGUUGCUUCAAAGAAGCUGUACCUUCUUAAUAUUUCUCACUCUGAUAAACCUGAGAACCCACUGGACACCCACACAAGAACAGUACUGGAGCAAGUUCUUCAUUCAUUUGAUUCAGCUCCUCUGGUAUAAUAUGUAAGAUGGUGAUGCCUAGGUGCUGUGCAGCUUAUGUAAAUUUGAAUUCACCACUUAUUAUCAGACGUUUGAUGGCCAAGGUAAGGCAAUUCUGGAACAACAAUGAAAAUUAAUUUGCUUUGUUGUAUGUUUCUUGUCAUUUUGAUAGCAUAACUUUGAGCAUCCUAGAGAUUGUGCAUGCAUGCCUAAUCCCCUAAUGUGUAUGAGCACAUAUGUACUCGUGUAUAAUCUUACAAGCUAGAGCCUUUCUUUUCUAA